AUGGAUGGCAUACUCAGUGAUAAGGUGAAAGAGCGACUACAAAGUGCCCGUGUCUCGAGGCUUUACAAUAUCAUCUGCUUUCGAAUAAUUGCUGCAGCCACUGAGUUAAAACAAGAGAGAGCUGUUAUGGAUUGGACAAUCUGGAGGCUCUUACACCAUGAGCCUGCGCAUAAAUAUUUCGAUAAAAAUGAGCCUGGUCCUACUUCACAGACUCUAAAGCUAUUUGCUGAAAGUUUAAUUGCAUAUCACGCGACUCUUCUUUCCCUGGAAUCUGUUUGCGAUUUCUUUACAACAUUCCACUCGUCGAAAUGGGAGCGCAAAACCGGUUGA